UCCAGCAUCGCGACUGCUGACAAGAUCAACCCGGACCAACGUAUAGGCUUCGAGGCCAAACGUCGUCUGUUUCGUCGCUGCUAUUAUCGCUCUAUGGUGAAUCCUUUGCUCUAGGUGGACCGAAUGAGCUCGAUUAGGAACUCCUUAAGCUCUUCCACUAGUUAUCUUCACUCUCUGACGUUUUACGGCCACGACUUAACAAGCUAAGGAUAAGUCAAAUCAGCGGGGACAGUUGUUACAAUCGCGUCCUCUUUAGGCGGCUUGUUCGAAAGGAAUCUUGUGAAUAACCAGGGCACUGUAGCAAGUGAAUGACCGGUGUUCCUGACAUAGUGAUAUAGGCCAGGCAAGACUGGUGUAACAUAGCACAAGUGAAGGGAAUAUGUCGAGCUGAUACUGCCGAACGAAGUAAACAAAGGAAAAAACUAACGAAGCGUUGAAAAACCAAGGCUGAUUUGGGAAGCACAGUACAUUUUGAGUGGCAAUGGGGGUUGCUCAUUUCGCCUUUUUGGACUAUGUUGUCCUAAUUGGAUUUCUGUUGAUUUCAACGUUGAUCGGUCUGUACUUUGCCUGGAAGGAUCGAAAAAGCACAAGUAACAAAACAUUUCUAACUGGCAACAAAGAACUGGGAUGGAUUCCGGUAUCGUUUUCAAUGAUGGCUUCAUUCCUCUCAUCAAUUGCAAUUCUUGGACUUCCUUCGGAGGUUUACAAUCGAGGCGCAAUUCUCUGGAUGGGAGCUGUAUCGGCGGCUGUUGCAAUCGUGAUCGCCGCAACCGUUUUUCUGCCAAUGUAUUACAACAUGGAUAUUACGUCAAUCAACGAGUAUCUGGAAAGACGAUUUGACUCGCCUCAAGUUAGAAAUCUCGCUGCAGGCGUGUUUGUCCUUCAAACGCUGUUGUAUAUGGGUGUCGUGCUCUACGGUCCUUCUUUAGCACUUGGUUCGGUUACUGGAAUUCCCGUUUGGGUUUCAAUUCUUCUCAAUGGAUUAGCCUGUACGUUUUACACCGCAAUUGGCGGUAUGAAAGCUGUAGUCUGGACUGAUGUGGUGCAAAUGAUCCUCAUUUAUGUUGGCUACAUUAUGGUUUGUGCGUCGGGCAUCUAUCACGUGGGCGGAAUCAGAAAAGUACUUGAGCUAAACAAUGAAGGAGGCAGGCUCAUCUUCGUUAACUGGAGCCUGAACCCGUAUUUUACGUACACCACAUGGAACGUGACCCUAUCGUGGACUGUUGGCUGGAUGGCAGCUUACUGUGCCAGUCAAACACAGGUGCAGAGAUAUUCGGCCAUUGCUUCUCUUGCGCAAGCCAAAAAAGCUCUUCUAUGGAAUAUUCCUGGAGUUACGUCCACUCUGCUGUUAUCUGUCCUAUCUGGCCUGGUGCUUUACGCCGUCUAUGGACACUGCGACCCACGUAUUACGGGUGAUGCCGACAAGGCCGACCAGCUUAUGCCUUUUAUAGUCCAGGAUCUCCUAAGGGACUACCCUGGAUUGUCGGGUCUUUUGGUGGCCUCGGUUUUCAGUGGUUCUCUCUCGACGCUUUCCUCAGGUUACAAUGCACUUUCUGCCGUCACGUGGGAUGAUUUCGUCCGACCCCAAGUUAACAUCUCCGACAAACAAUCUAUAUACCUUACUAAAGGCAUCGCUGCAAUGUAUGGAAUUCUGUCUGUAUUCAUUGCCUUUUUGGCGGAAACAAUGGACUCAAUCAUUCAAGCGUCCUCCUCUCUAAUUGGAGCCAUGACGGGUCCCCUGCUAGCAAUCUUCGUUAUGGGCAUGUUGGUGCCAUUUAUUCGGAAAAAUGGCGCCAUUUAUGGCAUUUGCCUUGGCUUAGUAUUUUCGUGGUGGCUUACACUCGGUUCAAUCAUUUACCCUCGCGUCGGCGAUGAUCUGCCAACGAGCAACGCUCAGUGCUUAGCACGUUUCGACAAUCUAUCCGGUACAGAAAGUGUAAUGUCGGAAUUGAUUACGCGCGGAUCGUUCGAUGAGCCAAAGACCCCUGACGGAAUCCUUGCAUUCUACCAUAUCUCCUUCAUCUGGAUCACCGGCGUCGGAUUCCUUGCCACAAUCGUGUUUUCUACUAUCAUCUCCGCCUUUCUUGAUGACAAAAGUAGUCACGUCGAUCCACGGUUUAUAGCGCCCAUUGCACGUCGCUUUAUGAGCAUGCAGGAAGAUUCCUUUAAGAUGGCCUCGUAUAAGACUGUGUCAACUUCAGAGAAUAACGGGGCGUCGCGGCUGUAAAACCAAGAUCGAAACGUUCACAGGUUCAACUUACCUAGCACAGGCAACAUCUGUAAAGAACAACUGUUUACAACGUGAUCUUCGCGCUAAUUACACGAAUCGGGUAAACAAUGCAGAAUGCCUUCAUUGCUAGAAUAGUCUUCAACCACAUUUCACGUAUACGUCAAUCGACAUUGGAGAUGAAAGUUCCGCGCAAGCGUAUAUUCAUCAGAUUUCUCGUACAGAGAGGAAGUUGCUUGCCACUUACUUUGUGCAUAGGCAUUAUAUACAUGUCUUAUACAUAUAAUAAAGAUGAGAAGCUGAUAUUUUUUGU